CCCUCCCGCCGUCGCCUGCCCCUGCCCUUCCUGCUGCUGCCUGCCCCAAUGGAGACCUGCGUGGCAAGGUGCUCUGCCCCAUGAGGAUUCCGGGUCCUUCACCAGCGCCCUCGAGCUCGACGGCGGGAGCCAUGGACGCUGCUCUUUCCUGGGUGCCUGACGGGAUGGACAGUAGUUCAACUACUAGAAUUGUUGUUCGGGUGUGCGCGUAUGCUGAAUUUGGUGACAAUGGGACACAAAUUUGGCAUCCAACUAGGGUGAACUGAAAAUUGUAGACAGAGAUUGUGUUCCUUUCAAGGAUUUCAGUGAAGAACUUCAUCAAGACAUAAAACAUGGACUCGAUCAGAAGUUGUUGAUCACUUUCUGGGAUAAAAUUAGCCAUACUUUUGCAGAAAUCAAGCAUGAUGCUUUGUUAUUGACUGCGAUAGAUAUGUACUGGGAUGAAAGGAGGCUUCCUAUUAUGGCUUCUGUUGUUCCCAAAGGGAAUAACAGUACACCUGCUUGUAUGCCACAACUAACAGCCGCUCCUAAUCCAACUGACAAGCCACAGCAGCAGCCUACUGACAGUGAACACGAAUCAGCUCAUAGUGAGCAUGAGUCUUCUAGAAAACAGUGGUUGGAGGACAGCCACAAACACCUGUGGAAAAGGUACCAAUUCUCAGAAACUAGCAAAGUAGACUAUGUGACCAAUAAUAUUGUUGAAUCCUUCAAUUCUUGGAUUAGAGAGGAAAAGUCCCUUCCAGUCAUUCUUCUUUUCGAUAGAAUAAGGCAGAUGAUAAUGGAGAAAAUGGAAUUGAGAAGGAGAGUUGCUUAUAAGAUGCGUGGGAAAAUUCUUCCUAGUGCUAUCAAGGCUGCAAAUGCUAAGAGCCGUGGAUUGCCAUAUGUCCACAGAUUUUCCAACCGAGGUCAGGACAAUGUUGCGCUUUUAGCUGAGGUUCAAGGUGUUGAUAAGGACCUGCAACCAUGGAGGCAUGCGCUAGAUCUCACCAACAGAACAUGCACUUGUAGGCAGUGGCAAGUAACUGGUUUGCCUUGCUAUCAUGUUGUACAUGUUAUCACUAGCAUGAGAAAUCCCAAGAUGGAAAAUUACAUCGAUGACUGCUACUCAGUUCACAAGUUCCAAAAGGCAUAUGAAAAUUGUGUGGGGCCGAUGACAGAUAGGCAGCAAUGGCCGAAGGUGGACCCCGGAUUUAAACUUUGGCCCCCAAUUCUGAAACGUGCAGCUGGGAGGCCUAGGGUGAGAAGAUAUAAAGGAUGGGAAGAAGGAGGAGGAAAUUCACGCAGAACCGUCACAUGCAAACGUUGUCAUCAAAAGGGUCACAUGCAGAAAACUUGCAAUGAGACAGUGCUUGAUCCUAAUGCACCUCCUCCUGCACCAACUAAACCGAAGAGAGUGAGGGACAGGAGCAAGAAGAAGGCAAUUGAAGUUGAAACACAAGCUGAGCAGAUUGAAGCACCAACUGCACAUGGUGAAGCAACAUCUUUGGUUAUCUGGACUACACCCUCAAAGGCUUCGACUCCAACCAUAGAUAUUAGUAGCCCAAUGACAAGAAGCCGCAAACGCCAAUUAGAUCUAGAUUCUGCAGCUAUACAUGGAAUGUGCACACCAACUAAACAACUUGCUUGUACUGUUGAUAGCAAUAGCCCUAUGACAAGAAGCCGCAUGAAGCAAUUGGGGCUGGAUGCUACUAUGCGCAAGGUGUCCGAAGUUGCUGCUAAGCGUAAAGCCACGAAGAAGACAACUCACAAGUUGGAUGUCAAAAAGGCAAAAAAGUAGUGUUGAAUGUUGUAUGCCAUAUGUAAUACGUAUAUGCCGAAUGUGUUACGGAGUACUUGGCACUUGAACUUUGUGUGUUAAACGUGUGUUUUAAGCAUGUCAUUUUGUGGGCUGUUAUGUUAAACCUUU